AGAUUUUCUGCGAAAUGCUUAAAUGAAACGACUUGUUUUGUCCCUGGUAGGCAAGGUGAUUGACAAUCUACCCGGACAGAGACUUGGACCCUAUCUACCGGUGCCGUAUUUCUUCGCUUUCGGGGCUGGACUUGAGUGGUUUAUGAUCAAUGUAAACAUCAACGGAGUCAAUUUCUACGAAGUUAUUCGCAAAAAGAAUCGGGAAAUUUACGAAGAGCAGCAAAAACGGUUACAGUUUGAAGAGAGGUUGAACAAGCAGCUUCAAUCUUCGGUGACUAAAACGUGAGCAGGAUUGUAAAAAUGUCUGUAGUUGGUGUACAUAAAGUAUCAGAUAUAGUGAUGCGUCUUGAAAAGGACACUGAGUUUCUGUGCAGUUUAUCGACAAAGGAACUUAACGAUAUUUUUCGCCAAGAGGACGUCUCAAUGAGAGUGGUGGAUGCACUGAAGAAGAAACGGAGAAUGCUCAAGAACAAGACCAAUUCAGACAGUCGCAAAAGUCACAUCAUGGAGGAGUUUGAAGAGGCGAAAGAGGAGCAGAUGAAACUAAUUCAAGAAGUGAGGGAUCUAGAGAGAGAGAACACGGAGCUGGAAAUUAUGCUGAGAGAGUUUUCCUCUUCAAACGAGAACAUGCAACACUACUUGGAUGUAAUCGACAGGCGCUGAAUGUGGAAAGGAGUUUCAGCCAGAUUUAAUAAUUUUGAGGGGAUUAGCUUAGAUUAUUUGACCUGGAAUACUUGUUGUAUAUAUUCUGAAUAUACUCUGAAUUUGAAUUAUGAAAAUCGUAAAAGAAGUGGGACAAUUCGCGGAUUGAAGAUAGGUGAAAUAGAAACAGGUUGAUAGACCGCCACGUAAAGGAAUAGAUGGACCAGUUUAGUCUCCAUAAACAGCCUCAAAUCUGAAGAAUAAUUCGUGACUUUGACUUACUAAAUAGAAGGAACAAGUGUAGGCAAAGCAGAAUUUUAUAUUUAAAUAUUCCGGGUAACAUUGGCUAUAUUUCACGAAAAAACUGUGUUAUUGUUGUCCCUGAUGGAUCAUGGUAUAUUUUGUUGUCGAUACCAGGCGCGGAUUUU